AUGGUUCGCAUUGCAGUGGCUGGGGUCACUGAAGUGAUUGAUGCGUUGGUCGGGUUCCAGAAGCAUGAAACAGUUGUUUUCACUCGCUCACCUCGUCUUGCACAAUCUGUUGACCAUAUGAAGCCUGGUGGUACCUUUACUUAUGUUGAAUAUCACGAAAAGGCGAGUCUUGUAAAAAGCCUGGAAGCCGUGCACACUGUGCUUUGCUUCAUAUCCAGUUUCGAUCUGCAGACAAGAUUAACCGAUGCCUGUAUAGAAGCUGGUGUCAAACUUUUUGCGCCAAAUGAAUGGGCUGCUGGACUUUUUACAUUCCGCGAAAAGGACCGUGUUCAUCAAUAUCUGCAAGAGGUCAACAGAGAGAAAAUGGUGUUCGAGUAUUGUCUCUUCCAACCCGGAAACUUUUUGAAUUAUCUCAGCUACCCCAUUCUGUCAACGACAUAUAGCCUAAUCCUUACCAACCAAUGGGACAUAAAGAAUCACCGUGCUAUAGUGUCUGCCGAUGGUGAUUAUCAGAUCAUUUUGAGCACGGUACAAGAUAUGGCCAAGGUUGUCGCUGAAGCUAUUGAGUAUCAAGGCACUUUACUAGAGAUUGGGGGCAUUACUGGGUCAUUGAUUUCUAAUUUUGAACUUAUUAAACUCGCAGAGACUAUCCGAGAAAUCGAAACGGUGUCGAGGGAGAACCUCGAAGCCGGGAAGCUAGGAACGUCUUGGAUUCUAAUACUUCCCAAGCACCCCAACAUGCAAGUGAACAUGGACUGGGGGUCAUUCUCUGAAUAUUUUCUUGCUGAGAUUGUUUUCGGAGGCCUCAAAGGGGCGCAGGAUUUUCUCCAGAAGUUCUGGAAGGAACAGCCGUGA